UUUUAUGGUACAUACAAUGUUUUAGUAUGAUAUUUAGUUGUCGAUUUAGAGGUUAGAGAGUAAUGGGUAAUUAUAUUAUUUUUAAAGCAAAAAUUAUUCUAUUAUACACUGUAGUUUUCAGUUGGAGUAAGUUCUCUUGGGAUGUGUUUGAUUUGAAUUAUGGUUACCUGUUGUAGUAAUUUUCCAGAUUCAUCUCUAUUAUGAUGGUUAACUUAUAAAUUGGCUGUUUUUUUUUUAUCAUCACCAUCGAUAUGAUCUCAUUAUCUUGAGAAGAAUAUUAUGAUUAGAGACAUACACAAAAUCAAUUAACAGUAAUUUUUGAUGGGCAGGGAGAAAUAAAUGGACACGGUCAAGAUUAGUCUAAAAUUGUUAAUAGACAAAAAAAAUGAAAAGGUUCUGUUUGCCGAAGCUGGCAAGGACUUUGUGGACUUUCUCUUCACUCUUCUGUCAUUGCCAGUCGCCACUGUAAUAAGGUUGCUCAACUCGAACAACCGGGCGAUGGCAGGAGGUCUUGAAAAGAUUUAUAAGAGCAUUGAAAAUCUUGAAGACACUUACAUUCUAUCCACUGCUACCAAAGAAACCUUACUGAAACCUAAAAUUUCGCCAACCUUGAAGUUUUCACUCCUCUCUUUGCCUCCUAGUAGUAGUAGUAGUGCUACUGCUAGUAGUAGUUUGCAAAAGAAAAUGUACAUUUGCGUCUCUUGUUAUUCGUAUGUUUCUGAUGACCUGCGAGCUGUAUGCCCCAGAUGUCUGCGUUCCAUCUCAAAAGAGGUUUCGUACGUUCCAGCUAUGGCUCCGGCUGCAGCUCAACAAGUGGUUGGUAAUGAAGGAGGUGGUUAUGUGAAAGGUGUUGUGACGUAUAUGGUGAUGGAUGAUUUGGAAGUGAAGCCUAUGUCCACCAUAUCCAGCAUUUCUAUGCUCCGCAAUUUCAAUGUCAAGGAUCUUGGAGUACUGGAGGAGAAGACGGUUAAGCUCAGCAUGAAUGAGGGCUUGAAGUUAUUGGAGGCUUCCUUCAUAUCGAAUACAGUUCUCAGCGAUGUGUUCAUGUUGCCUGAUGACAAGAAAAAAGCUAAACGACGUCGUUGAUCCAUGUUUGAUGAUGAAAUGCUUUUCUUCUCUUAGAUGAACUAAAAUGAAACCACAUUGCAUGGGGACUCUAUGCUUAGGUUGCCUUGCUUAGAUUUUUAUUAGGAUUUAUUUGCAAAUAUAUAAUGGAUGCACAUUUAAAAUUUCGUUUUUUAUAAUUAUUAACUUAUUAAUUAAUUAAAUACAAGGUAAUAACAAGGUGGUCAUAAAUUAUUUUUAAAAGUAAAAAAAAAAGGUUGAGAAAUAGAAAAGAGAGAAUAUAAUGAAGAAACAAAU